GUCGUUUUUCCUACCGCACUCCAUCCAUCGUGGGCGUGACAGUGCCACGCGAGAGUCCGUCGGCUCUGAGUUGGUCGAUGGUUUCCGAUCGAGUCAGUGUCAAUGCAUCGCAAUGUCGUGCACAGCGUUCGGGUUCGCCCUUCGGCGCUAAGCUGUUGCGAGCUGCUUGUGGCGCUGACCUCCCUUUACUUUACCCUUACGCGGACAACACGUGAUGGCUCCCUCUUCUCGCACAUCAGACAACAUCGAUAUCGAUUCACCCUCUUUGCUGGUGAAGGCGACACAGAGGCCAAUGUCUCGGUCGUUGGACCAGAUCCCGUUCACCCUUCAGAAGAGUUCGCGUGGCUGAGAGCUCACGCGGCUGAUGACGAGAUUUCUUCGACUCGGCAAGACUGUGCAGGGGAACAGUGCACAUCAUCGCGAUGACUACAGUACGCGACUUCGAUGGCCCGAACAGGACGCCGACGCUCCUCGUGCCUGAGCAACCAGCAUAUUCGCCUGCAAUGGCAUCGCCGACCAGCCCCAAGCUUGCCAGACAGCGAACCGGAGGAAGCGUGGACUCGAAUGCUUCGGCACCUUCAAUUGACACAUUGGGCCGAAAACGAACGACGAGACAUUCUCGGUCAAACACUAUUACUGCCUAUCACGAACCGGACCACGUUACAGAGCAUGAACACUUCCAACCUGGUGCCGAACCCGGAGUGGACACCGCGGCUGAAGAUGACAAGAUCCCGUCGCAUCUUAAGAAAUUGAAGAACGACUGCGAUAUCAAUAUCAUCGACUUCAGCGAUGAGAACGUCUCGCGUAUUCGAUGUGACAAUCAAAGUUUGGCGCGGGCACUCGAGAUUCCACGAGGCGAUGAAUUUCCAUGUCGAUGGAUCAGCGUCAACGGACUUUCAUGGGACGUGAUUCGUCUGUUAGGCAACAAGUAUAAUCUACACCGCUUGGCAGUCGAAGACUUGGUCCAUACUAAAACUCGCACGAAAGUCGACUGGUACGCAGAUCACGCCUUCAUCGUGCUUACACUACAGAAACUGGUCAGAAUGCAUCAGCAUAAGGGCCGUAAUGAGAAGUGUAGCUGCGCGGAUGGGGACAACAGUUCCGACGAUGACGAAGAAGAAAUCGACGAGAAAUUCGAGAAGCACGGCCAGCAGCGGCAGGGGUUCUGGAAGAGGUGGUGGAAGCCUCGACAGACAAACGUCUUGCCGACCUAUCUGGACCGGGAUCGCGACGGAAAGAUCGACGAGUACGUCAAUGCACACAGUGGGCUCUCGGAAAAAUCGCCCAUCAAAGCCGUCAGGACUCUUCACCGGUAUGAGAGUGCUCAAAUACCAGAGCAUACAGCUUGGAUGGAAAAACACAGCGCAUUGGCCCAAGAGGACUUGGCCGUCAGCGUUGAGCAAGUCUCCAUAUUUCUGCUUGCCGAUAAUAGUGUGAUCUCUUUCUUUGAGCACUCUGCCGAGGAUGUUGAAGAACCAAUCCUGGAACGUUUGCAUAGUCAGGAAACAAUGCUCAGACGGAGUUGCGACGCGUCUCUCAUAACUCAGGCUAUAAUCGACGCCAUCGUCGAUCUCGCUGUCCCAGUUCGAGAUGCCUACAACAAGUCGAGAAAGGAGCUGCAGAUCGACGCUAUGACGAAUCCGAACAUUCGAACCUCGCGAGCUUUGCACAUAUUUGGCGAAGAGAUCGAUAUGUUGCAGAAUCUUUUCAAGCCGAUCGUACACCUUGUCAACUCCUUACGGGAUCAUGGCGCGCCUUCAGCAACUAUAUCGAACACAAUGCUUCCGACAGGCAGUACCACGAGCGCGUCGGAGCAGGCACCUUCUUUCCUUCCCAAUCCAUCAAGUCGAGAUCGCGAAGGCGCUCCUGCUGCCAUUCGCUUGAACUCAGAGUACAGAAAGAGAGCUCCCGGACGUCCUUAUAGUGCCAGUGUCACUAUCACACCACUCGCACAUACCUACUUUGGCGACGUACUGGACCAUUGUAUCACUAUGAUUGCCGCACUUGAGCAAAUGGACGCAAGCGCGAACAACAUUUCCACGUUGAUCUUCAACACCGUGGGCGCGAAUACGAAUCGCUACAUGUUUGUGCUGGCCAUAGUCACGGUUUUCUUCGCGCCACUGACGUUCAUCUCCGGCUAUUUUGGAAUGAAUUUUGCAUCAGGUGCGGGUCUGGCUCACCCGUUCAGUUUCUUCUGGGUGGUUGCUGCGCCUGCUUUGGUGGCUUUCAUGGUGCUCGUUUUUGGUGUCAUGCUGUGGGAGCAGAUUGGAGCGUGGGGAACGAGGCGGGGUAUCAAGGCAGGACUGCGGAUGCCUCGACAGCGGGGUCGGCGGUGAGUAUGCGUUUUGUGUAGAUGUCGGCGCAUUUAUGUCAAGAUAUGCGGAGAAAGCGGGAAAGAUGGAAUUACAGGACACGAAGCUGAGAUUGG